CCUCCUAUCUCUUAUCCUCUCCGAUUUUCACCAGUCUCUUCGGUAAAUUUCGUUCUUUUUUCGGCCGGGGGGCUUCAAAUUCUCGGAAGGCGAGAAUGGCGUCUACAGCAGAAGCCAUCUCUUUCUCAGCGUUACUCCUGCUCCUUUCGACCUCAUUACACUUCCCUUCCCUGGCAGCGACGAACCCGACAGAGGAUCCGACUCCGGCUGCUUGGCCUCUUCAAUUCCACUCGGUUCUGUUCAUGAACAGCACCGGAAAACUCCAGAAAGUGGACCUCUGGUACGACUGGCCCAACGGUCGCAACUUCAACAUCAUCCAGAAUCAGCUGGGAGAGCUCUUAUACGACCUCGAAUGGGACAACGGUACCUCCUACAUCUACACUCUCGACCCUUCCAAUCAGAAAUGUAGGGUUUUACAUUUCCCCGUCGGGAUUCUCCGCCCUAAUUGGCUCGACGGCGCCACCUACCUGGGCCAGCACCACGUCGAUAACUUCCUCUGCAAUUUGUGGGAGAAAGUUGACUUUAUCUGGUACUACGAGGACGUCCUCACACGCAGACCUGUCAAGUGGAUCUUCUACACAGGAAUGAUUGCUCAUGUGAUAACAUUUGAGGUUGGAGCAGUGCUUGAGGAUGAGAAGUGGCAGGCUCCUCCGUAUUGCUUUACGGAGGCUGAAGCAAAUGAUCGUCCUCCGUUAGAAGCUUCUGAAGAUGGUGGUUCCCUUGGCAAGUUGAUGAGAGAAACAUCUAAUGCUUUUGAUGCUAUGUGAUUAUGAAACUACUACGUCAAAUUAGCAAUGAAAGCUUUUCUUAUAUUUUGUUUUGGUCAAGUCGUUGAGCAUUGGGAAAGAUAUAUUGCAUAUGUUAAUUUUGAAA